CCGAGCCACCCAAUACUCGGUCCAAUGACUCCUGACUUUAACACAACAGAAUGCAUUUAUGUUUAUGCUGGCUCUGACAUGUAUUGCAAAACUGACAAUGGAACCGAACCCGUACAAGUCGUACUUUUACUUGGCAAUGAUUCAUUUGUUCUUGCUGAAAGCAAAGAGAACAAAGGGUUGUACCGGUUCCAUAACGUUCAUCAACAUAUGGCUGGACUGUCGAGACGGAAUGUGACAUGCCUAGUUUCAAAUGCAGCCAUUGACACACCUUACGAAGUGCACGGCAUUCUAUGUAACGUGGAGAAAGGAAGCCCGCCCGAGCUAACAGUUCCCGAAUUCCUUGUUGGAGAAAACUCAACAGCAGUAUGUGAAGUGCGCAAUGCUUUCCCAGCUCCGGCAAUAGCAAUAUACGUUGACACAGUCUUGCUAGCUGAUGUUCAACAAACUGAUUCAUUUAAUACAUCAUCUUUUACAUUUACAAGUCAAGCAAAGGCGACAAAUAUUAAUGCAUUGUGGAAUGGAAAUGAAAUGUGUUGCAAAGGGCAAUGGAAGAGUUAUCUUGGUUUAAAAGCUGUGUCAACAUGCAACACUAUCAGUAUGAAAUUUCCGCCGUCAGACCUUUCAAUAUCCGUAAACAAAAUACACGAGUAUAACAACAAUGCUUCUUUUUAUGUCCUUGUCAUGUCUUGUGAGAGCAAUGAAUCAAAUCCGCCUUGCACAAUUGAAUGGACAAGCGACAACGAUAAUUUGAAAUACGCUAAUAGCAACAACUGGACGAAUGGUGGAAAUGGGAGUUACCGUUCUGUGUCCAACGUGCUUUACAAUGUCACUGAAGACAUGGCUGGGGAAACUAUUACAUGUGCAACAAGAUGUGACCAUUUCCCAAUGCAUUUAUAUAAAGACUUUAAAAUAGACUUUUCAGAUUGUCCGACUCUUAAUUUGGACACGACAUCGCCUGUUGAAUUAUGUCCAAAUAAUAUACUUUCCGUAAACUGUCUUGUGGAUGAUUGCAGUGUAAAAGAGGAAUGGACGCUCCGCUGGGAAGAUGAAAAUAGCACUGUCAUAAAGACUUGUAGUAAAACAGGGGAUUGCGUGUUAACACUUAAUUAUACGGGCGAAAAAGAAAAUACAUACACUUGCACAGCUUUGAAAUCAAAUGAGCAUCUGAGAAAAUCCUUGGCCGUUUUAAGCUCAAGGACAGAUGGAAGACAAUGCCAGGACAAUGACAUUCAGACAUUUUCAUCAAUGAUCCGAUUUCCUGUCAAGAAUCUACUGAUUGGAACAAGUGUUUUCUGUGGACUCUGCAUCGUGUUUGCAAUCGGAAGAUGUAUAUUUCUUAAACAUCAAAAGGCCAACGCAGUCAACACAGUCGAAAUUGUUGGAAAUCACAGCGACACCUCGUCAGAGAAUGACGUGAUACACAUACCAACGGCAGGCGGCCAGUAUGAAAUCAUACAGACGCAGUCGACCGCUCAGAGGCUUGAAACACAGCAACUUCAUAAUGACGAUUGUCAUGCAUACGACGAGGUGGACACCUACUUUCUACAGGAAGCUCACGCCAGAGUUCCGUUGGUGAAAAAUCAUACGCCGACGGUGUAUACUAUCAUUGAGUUGUCCUCAACACAGAAACCUGCUGUAGAAGAACCUGCGUACGACAAUGCAUCAGUGUAGAUCUCUAUCAAAUACCAAAACAUCUAACCAAAAUAUACUGCCAUCGGCAUCUUAUCGUAUUGUUUGUAUAUUGUAUUCAAUAUGUAUGAAUUUUUAGAACAUCACUUGUACAAGUAUUGUAUUAAAUUGUUGAAAAGUCAAAAAAUGAUGUUUUUCUGUAAUUAUACAUUUGUUUUACAUAUUUUACACCCUUGUUAUGCCAUUCUUUAUCAAACAUGCUUUGUUAUUGGCUCGUUUUAUAUAUACGAUGCCAACAAUUGUAUACCUACUUUAAAAAAGACAUUUUUAUCGGAUUUAAAUAGCUUUUUAAAUUUAGUCUCCUCUAAUUUCCUAUGCAGGGUACAAUGACCAGAUUAUAUCGAUAAUCCUUUAAACGUUAUUAAUUUGGGCUUAUUCGUUUGACCGAUAGAGUUAGUUACUUUUUUGAAGAAAAUGCAUAUUAGCAGGAUCCGAAUGGCUUUAAAAGUCGUUUGCUUUUUUUAGUUUGACGCUUUUUGAUUGUUUGUUAAAUAGACAUUAUGACCAACGUAGUACGCUUACCUGCAUUUGUUUUGCAAAAUCGUUUUUUUAUUCGCUCGUUUGUUUUCUUCCGCAUUUGAAAAUCGGGGGAAAAUAUAAGAUAUAAGUUAUAUGAAAGCAAAACAACAGUUUAUAUUUAGACGAGCAAAAUGCUUCGACACAGGAAGUCAAAUAAUGUAAAAAACAAAAAAAUAUAUUGGGGCUUAUAUUAUUCACAUAUUAUUAGUGACUAAAACGAGUGAUUUUUUUUAAAACUUCAUCCAGUUUUCAAAAUAGGAAUGGAACUGUAAUCAUCGACAACAUGUAGAAACCUGAUGGAUGUAGUGCACAAAUUGUAGCCCCCAUUUUCAUGUACCUAUACUUUUAGUGGAUUUAUUAUACGGUAACGUGUAGGCCCAUACUGUAACGUGUUGGCCCAUACUGUAACGUGUUGGUCCAUAAGGCCGUAACGUAUUCUCAACAUGUGAGAAUCAUCGUAAUAACAUGUUAGUGUAUCAAUGGUAAAUGUAUAUGUCAAAUUAUUGAAUUAUUAAUGAACUUUAUUAAUCAUUAAUCUACUUUAUCUAAAAUUGAAUAAUCUUGUUUUCUCUUAUUGUUUUUAUUUUCGCUAUUUUGUUGUACAAUGAUCAUACUAUUAUAACACAUUUGAGUGUGUAGAUUUACACAGUUAUGGAGAACGUGUCUCUUCUAGAGUUUGUACAAUGACCCUAUCAUUAUAACACACUUGAGUGUAUGUAUUUAAACAUGUACUUAGUGUGUGUCUCUUCUAGGUUGUGUACAUGGUCAUAUGAUUAAUACACAUAUGUGUGCAACGAUUCAAACGUUGACUAAGACUAUUUGUAUAAGCCGGGUGUCUAUUCUGGUGUAUCGUACCUUAGAGGAGUCAGCUGUUUAUCUGUCUGUAUUAACUAUCAUUUUAUGCAAU